AUGACAGCAACGCGAGGGCGUAUCACCUCUUCCCCACCGUCGCUCACGCUUCCUCCUGCCUUCACCCACGCUUCCCCACAUCGUCGCUCACGCCUUCCCCCACCUUCCCUCACGCUUCCCCGCUCAUCGCCCACGCUUCCCCCCGCCGUCGCCCACGCUUCCCCCCGCCGUCGCCCACGCUUCCCCCCGCCGUCGCCCACGCUUCCCCCCGCCGUCGCCCACGCUUCCCCCCGCCGUCGCCCACGCUUCCCCCCGCCGUCGCCCACGCUUCCCCCCGCCGUCGCCCACGCUUCCCCCCGCCGUCGCCCACGCUUCCCCCCGCCGUCGCCCACGCUUCCCCCCGCCGUCGCCCACGCUUCCCCCCGCCGUCGCCCACGCUUCCCCCCGCCGUCGCCCACGCUUCCCCCCGCCGUCGCCCACGCUUCCCCCCGCCGUCGCCCACGCUUCCCCCCGCCGUCGCCCGCGCUUCCCCCCGCCGUCGCCCACGCUUCCCCCCGCCGUCGCCCACGCUUCCCCUCGCCGUCGCCCACGCUUCCCCCCGCCGUCGCCCACGCUUCCCCCCGCCGUCGCCCACGCUUCCCCCCGCCGUCGCCCACGCUUCCUCCCGCCGUCGCCCACGCUUCCUCCCGCCGUCGCCCACGCUUCCUCCCGCCGUCGCCCACGCUUCCUCCCGCCGUCGCCCACGCUUCCUCCCGCCGUCGCCCACGCUUCCUCCCGCCGUCGCCCACGCUUCCUCCCGCCGUCGCCCACGCUUCCUCCCGCCGUCGCCCACGCUUCCUCCCGCCGUCGCCCACGCUUCCUCCCGCCGUCGCCCACGCUUCCUCCCGCCGUCGCCCACGCUUCCUCCCGCCGUCGCCCACGCUUCCCCCCGCCGUCGCCCACGCUUCCCCCCGCCGUCGCCCACGCUUCCCCCCGCCGUCGCCCACGCUUCCCCCCGCCGUCGCCCACGCUUCCCCCCGCCGUCGCCCACGCUUCCCCCCGCCGUCGCCCACGCUUCCCCCCGCCGUCGCCCACGCUUCCCCCCGCCGUCGCCCACGCUUCCCCCCGCCGUCGCCCACGCUUCCUCCCGCCGUCGCCCACGCUUCCUCCCGCCGUCGCCCACGCUUCCCCCGCCGCCGCCCACGCUUCCCCCCGCCGUCGCCCACGCUUCCUCCCACCGUCACCCUUCAUCACACCACCGUCACCCACGCUUCCCCCCACCGUCGCCCACGCUUCCCCCCACCGUCGCCCACACAACCCCUCCCAUCGCCCUCCCGGUCGCCCGGAAAUCUCCCUUCCCGCCGACCUCCCUUCCCUCCCACCUCUCUCCACGUCGUCAUCACUCCCCUGCCUAUCACGUUCCCCCUCAUCAUCACCAUCGCUUCUCCACCCACGCCGCCCACCCUCUCAUCCCUUCCUAUCAUAUUUAGCAGCACCCACCCUUCUCUCUCUUGCACCAACCCCGCACGCAUGGCAGGUGCUGCUGAGGCUUUGGAGCAGAGCGCUGGGCGCACAGCCGUGGCAACGCGUGCAGUCGGGCAGCAAGGAGCGCAGUGCUGCCGGGGGCGGGGCAGGGGAGGCGGGUCGGAGGGUCCUCCCUUCUCCGUUGUGAAGGCACCGCUGCAGGUGGACGGGGUCUUUCCUUCCUCCCUCGUCAUAUGGCUGGGGCACACCAGAGUGAGUGUAGGUGAGAUCUCUCGCAACGAGCUGCGCAUCCCCUUCCAGUGCCCUCAUCCAUCCUCACAUCCACCCUUCCUCUCUUCCACCCCUCCACUCAUCCUCCCUUCAUCUCAUCCGCCCUUCCUCUCAUCCUCCCUUCCUCUCAUCCUCCCUUCUUCUCAUCCUCCCUUCCUCUCAUCCUCCCUCCCUCUCAUCCGCCCUUCCCUCUUCCUCCCUUGCGAGGCGCAAGUCAAACGACGGCGCGGCGAGAUUUCACCGGCUGCUGCUCAACUUUGGCAAGAAGUACGGGUGGGCUUGAACGAGCUGCUCUAUCUUGUCAAUGAGACAGGGCAGUGUGGAAGCUAG